GCACAGAGCACUACGGAGCUCACCGAGUAUUUGAUGCGUAUCUUCAGUUACACAAAUUUAAGGUUUUUAUUGUGUAUUUAUUUGUAUCGAAUCCUUUUUAUUAUCUAGGUGUACAAGGAAAGGGAAAGAAAAUGUCGGACACCGAUUUUACUUGUGUUGUCAACGUUGUGCUUUACUCGUUCUCUGAGGCGACGAAUAAUUACGACGAGUAUGGCCCUGUUAGUUGCGCCGUCAUUGGACGCAAAGAAACCACAACAUGCACAUAUAAACUAGGAUGCUAUCGCGACAACAAGUACAUUUGCACCGCUGACAUUAAACCAAAUAACGAUACCGGCGCCCACAUCGCGAGGGAUGCGGCGUACGUUACUUUUCGUGAUGACGCUAGUCAUUACUGGUCUCUUCAGUUCAGCACUGAGGACGGUGCGAUCGAAUUCUGUGCCCAAGUUGUCGUGGCCAUGUUCGGAGCUGCAGGGGAGCCGCAGGACAACAUCCUUGCGUGCGACAUUGCGCAGGGAAAGGAAAGUAAGCAGGUUUUUGUCGGUGAUCUGGUGAAGGCUUUCUACCGUGUAUGGGUCGUGCAAUGCAGCGAGUUGAAAGGCGAACUUCCAAAGCUUGGAAGCCUUCUCGAGAAGGAGUGCGAGGAUGCAGUCAAGUUCGCGGCGCCAGCUAAUCAUCAGGGCGUGACAGCCUCUAUGCGCGGAUUUGAGGGAAUGUCAGUUGGCAUGCGAGAGGGCGGGCAGCGUCUGGUAGUUAUCCCAUUGAAGGCGAAGCGCGGCCGCGGUCCUAAUGUACCCAUGUGUUUCUACAUCGAAGUAUCGCGGCGCAAGGACCAGAGAGCAACGACAAAAGCCAGCGCGGGCCGCCCAACGCGAGGCGGUAAUGAAGAUCUCGCCGCGGCAGGAAUCGUUGGUACGAACAACGCUGCAGGUGGGUCAUCGCAGCUGCUUGCGAUCACCGGAGGUCCUGCUGAACCUUCCGCCACCGCGGCCGCUAACGGCCUCAGCAAAGAUCAGUUUUUGCUGGUAGACCGCUUGAGAGACCAGGUAUUCACGCUGAAUGAGCAAUUACGUGACGCUCGGCGAGAGGUUGAUAACAUGAGCUCUGACCUGAAACGCCAGCGACGUCAGUCGAGCAAGCAGAGUUUAACGAGCGCUCAGAUUGAGUACUCGAUUGAGCAGCUACUAGCCUCCAGCGAAAGUAAAAAGUCGAUUUUGGAAGACAAAAAAGUUCUCAUUGGUGAAGCCGAGGCUCGCAACCGCGAGCUAGAGUCAAGGUUGUCCAAGUUUCUGCAGACAAUCAAGACCCUUGGAGACGAGGUGCAGGCGGCGGCCGAUGAGAGUGCUGGCGAGCGCAUCGAGCUGGAUCGCCAGCUUGCCGAUACGCAGGCGAAAGUUGUGCGACUUGGGAGCGAAAUUGACGACGCAAACAGGCAUCUACAGGCGCUCAAAAACAUGGCGCGGGCGAACGAAAUACAACUCAAGGAGGAAAAAACACACCUGACGAUGUCUCUGAACGACCACCAAGUCAACACAGAGAAAUUGCACACCCUGCAGGAAAACUACGGCGACGAGUCGGCGCAGCGGAAGCUUCUUGAGUCCAAGUUGCUGACGCUGCAGGAGGAGCUUCGCCGCACCCAAGACGACGCCCAGCUCAAGGAGACGCUGACGCAGCAAACAAGAGCGAAGAUGGAAAACGACACCACCCAUUACAGUCAACUCAUCCAGCAGGAGCGGGAACAGGCAGCCAUCGAGCUGCGGCAGCUGAAGCAAGAUCUGAUAGAGGAGCUGACGGCGCGAGGCAGGCAGUACGAGGAGGCCAAGCAACGCAUUGCCGUCGAAGCGUACGAGCAGGGAAUGGCGCAAGGCGUGGAGGAGGGUCUGACCGACGCCGCAAACGAAGGCGACGUCAUCGCGCACGACAUGGCGGUGAACGCUCAGAAGUGCAAGGCGGAGGUGGCGGCGCUGCAGGUGCGCUUGCAGUCGAACAAGGCCGCCAACGAAGCAGAUGAGCGGCAGUUGCGCUCUCAGUUGGAGUCUGUCCAGAACUCCCUCGCACGUGUGCUGCAGGAGAGCAACGCUCUUGCUUCGCAGCUGGAAGUGGCGCAGUCGGAGCACGCGAUCAAGGAGGAGGAGCUGUAUCAGCGACUCACGCGGUUCAUACACUCUUGCGGCCCGGCGCCGAUCAGCCAACCUUGCUUAGCGGCGAUGAUGCGAGCUGCCGAGACGGGUGGCGACUUCGACCCCUACAGCUUCCAGCAAAUGGAGAGCUCCAAGGAGACCCAACAGGCACGGGAGGAGCGCUCUGCCGUGUCGGCGUGGGUGCGUGCAAGUGUGUACAACCAACCAACGCGCAUGCCGCCGCUGCGUCCACCGUUUCCGUGCAACGCGUCCAGCAAAGGACCGAUGCUCUCGGCGGAGACGAUGGGGACAAAAAUGCGGCUGAGCAGCGGUGCAGAUCGUCGUAUGGCGCUUGCUGCCUCCUGGAGCACUUCGACUCCACCGCUGCCCUCAACGCACGCGAAGACAAAGUUCACUGCAAAAUCGGAUGCAGCGGCGCCAACAUCGCCACCUGCGGAGUCUGCCCCGGACGUGGCCGCCCCGUACCCCGACAUCCCUUUUCGUUCACCCGCGGCCUCGCCGUGGGACCCACAAGGUGCUGCGCCGCUGACGACGUCGGCGUCGAACUCGCGGGUGCACUUUCCGUCACCAAAGAUUCGGUACCACCACAAUCUGAGUGAAGAGACCGCCUCUGAGCCGCCAGAGGAUCCGUCGUCGUAG